AUGAGUAGAGUUCCCGAUGAAAACACUCCAUUUUUAAACCAAGAAGAAAUUGAUGAGUCAGAAAUCAUAUCCAUCAUUCAACAACGUCGUUUGUCCAUUGCAUCUGUUGGUACUGAUCACAUUCCACCCCCUUCAUCAUUUAAUCCUUUGACUCAUUCGACUUCCCAUUCACAUUUGAAUAGUCCUUUUGGUAAUUAUGGAGGUGUUGGAGCCCCAAGAAGUAGACGUGGAAGUGAAGGUUUAGGUUUGGCUCCUUGGAAGUCUACCAAUUCAUUAGAUCUCAGUGCUGUUAUAUCAAAUUCUAAUUUACCCCAAGAACCUGAAACUGAUUAUAAGACUGAGUUCAAAGUUCUUCUUAGUUACUCCAUUCCUUUAUCUAUAACAUUCCUUUUACAAUAUUCCUUGACUGUUGCUUCUGUAUUCUCAGUUGGUAGAUUAGGUUCGGAAGAAUUAGCAGCCGUAAGUUUAUCAUCUAUGACCGCCAACAUUUCUGGUUAUGCCAUUAUUCAAGGUAUCAGUACUUGUCUUGAUACUUUGUGUGCUCAAAGUUUUGGUAGAAAAGAUUACAAUAUGGUGGGAAUGCAUUUCAUGAGAUGUAACUAUUUAUUAUUAAUGUUAUUUGUUCCAAUCUUUGUUCUUUGGUUCUUUUUGAGUAAUGACAUUUUGGUUUUCUUGAUUGGUGAAGACCAAUUGAAAAUUUGUCAUUUAGCUUCUACUUAUUUGAAGAUUUUAUGCAUGGGUUUACCAGGAUUUAUCUUAUUUGAAAAUGCUAAACAUUACUUGCAAAGUCAAGGAGUAUUUCAUGCAUCAACUUAUGUUUUGACUAUUUGUGCCCCAAUCAAUAUCAUCUUAAAUUAUACUUUGGUUUGGGAUAAGAGAAUUGGAAUGGGUUUUGUUGGUGCUCCAUUAUCAGUUGUUAUCACUAAUUGGAUCAUGUGCAUUAUGUUAUAUGGAUAUAUUUACUUCGUUAAUGGUUAUCAAUGUUGGCCUAAAUUUGGUAUUUUUGAUAUGAAAUACUUCAAACAUUGGCAAAGAAUGAUCAAUUUGUCAAUUCCAGGGGUUUUGAUGGUUGAAGCUGAAUGGUUAGCUUUCGAAAUCAUCACUUUUACUGCAUCACAAUUCGGAACUGACACUUUAGCUGCUCAAUCUAUUGUUUCAACCACUUGUGUUAUCUUUUAUCAAAUUCCUUUCGCUAUGUCUAUCGCUGCUUCCACAAGAAUUGCCUGGUUUAUUGGAUCAGCAUCUAAGAAAGCAGCAAAAAUCUCAUCCAAUGCAACUAUAUUAUUAUCCUUGGUUGUUGGUAGUAUUAAUGGUGUUGUUUUAUUCACAUGUAGAGGGUUGUUUGCAUCCUUAUACUCAUCUGAUAACCAAGUCAUCAAAUUAGCCAGUAAAGUAUUAAUUGUAGGUGCCGUCUAUCAACUUAAUGAUGCCUUAGCAUGUCUUACGGCUGGUAUUUUGAGAGGUCAAGGUAGACAAAAGAUUGGUGGAUGGUUGAAUUUAAUCAGUUACUAUCUUCUUGCUUUACCAUUAGCUUUCUACUUGGCUUUUGCAGGAGAUUUGAAAUUACUUGGUUUAUGGAUGGGUAUGUUAAUUGCAUUAUUUAUUUUGAGUAUGUCCCAAUUAUAUUUCGUCAUUUCCAGUGAUUGGGAUGGUAUCAUCAAAGAUUGUAUCGAUGAGAGUCUUUUAGAUAAUAUGACUAUUGAUAGUCAUUCUGUUGUUCCUAGUAUGAGUAGUGGUCAUUUAGGAUAG